GUCAAAUAAAGAAGGGGAGUAUUAUGUACUAUGAUUGAUUAAAAGAUUUUAAGACUUUUUUCAUAUUUUAAACAUACUUUAUUUUAAAUUAAUUAUAUAUAUUUUUGCAUCCAAUUUCAUCCUACAAAUAGAAAACUACGAAUAUAAUACCAAUUCAUUUGAUUGGUGGAGCACCAAAUUUUCAUGCUCCUGCACCGCACCAGAUCAUCCAAUCAGUAUCUGAACACUUCCGAUGAGCAAGAGGAAGCGAUCGAGAGAGAAGAAGUAGAAAGUGAAAGCGAACUCAUGGAGAAGGCGAAGCAGCUUUUGGAAUUGACUAAGGAGGAAACAGACGCCGUCCAGAAACUCCCCGUCCACCCAAAGAAACCAGGACAGUCAUGCUUCUAUACCUUCUUCGCUCUCAGGGGCAUCCAAGUCGACCGUGUCGAACCAGGCCUCGUCGUUUGUACCCUCAAGGUCCCCCCACGCCUCACUGAUCGUUCGGGGAAACUAGCUUCGGGAGCGAUCGCAAACCUAGUAGAUGAAAUUGGUUGUGCCGUAAUCUAUGAUGAAGCCCUACCGGAGCCGGUUUCCGUCGACAUGUCGAUCUCGUAUAUGUCGAGUGCAGACGUCGAUGAUGAAUUGGAAAUUGUAUCGAAGCUUUUAGGGCAAAAAGGGCGAUAUUAUGGAACCAGGGUGGUUAUUAAGAACAAAAGGAAUGGAGAAAUUGUUGCUGAAGGAAGGCACUCUUUGUUCAGCAUUCGGCCGAGUACUGUAAAGUCUAAACUGUGAGUGAAGUUAAUUUGAUGUUUUGGCUGUGAAAAUUUGGGGUGCUGCCAAUCAAACAAAAUAUUUUCCGAUUAUGCAUUUGUAUGGAGAUUCUUGUGUGUGGAUGAUCCAAAUUUCAGGGUCAGAAUGUCGUUUGAUCUAGCUUUUAGUUUGAAAAUAAAGAUGUAUAACUUUUUGCUAGCCUGCAAUACUCGCCCUUUUGAUAAAGGUCUUGGUGAGUGGUCUGUAUCAAGAACAAAAUUUAGAUCAAACGACAUUAUGGUUGUGAAAUUUGGAUCAUUAUACAAAGAAAAAACUCAUUCGUACUCAAAAUCGUUCAAUUAACAAUUGAGUGGUUGUUGAAAA